CUACAAAACCCUUUAAAGAAAAGUUGAUAGCCCCAAAUUUUCAGAGUCUCCCUUUUGUUUCUCUCUCUCUCUAUCUCUUUCUCUCUGCAGUUUUCUCUUUGACCGCCGUACUAUUUUAACACAUGACCGCCUUUUCACCGCCUGAUGCCAUUGAAAUAUAAAGGGGACCUUCUCUUUUCCCUCCCUUUUUCUCCAUCUGCAGGAAUUUUUGCUGACUUCUGUAGAUAUAUGCAGACGCACAUUUACACGUGUUGAUUUCAUUCAAGAACGCACGCAGACGCAGUUAUUCUUCUGGAGUGAGUUAUCGUUUUGUAAUAUCAACCAGUAUUCUUCUUCUGUUUUCUCUCAAAUCUCGAUAGCCCUCUCCCGUAUUUGAUCUGAUUGCUAAGGCACUUGUACCGCGGAAUCUUGCGGCUUGGGGAUCGCUUAUCAGUGUUUCCUCUACGUGAUCAGAAAUCUUGGAUAUCUGAUAAUCUAGGCUAUGGAACAUAAUGGUAAUCGGAGAGCUAGACGGAAGGAUCGUGUUGCGUAUCAAAAUGGUGACUUGAGCACAUCAAGCAGUGAAGAUGAGUUUGAUCCUUGGACCGCAUGGGCGUACAAGCCUCGUACAAUUACAUUAUUACUAAUUGGUGCAUGCUUUCUUGUAUGGUCAAGUGGAGCACUGGAUCCUGAACGUAGUUCAGAAAGUGAUCUUGUGAGCUCUGUGAAAAGGGGUGUAUGGGCUAUGGUUGCUGUUUUCCUUGCUUAUUGCUUGUUACAAGCUCCUUCCACGGUACUUAUCCGGCCGCAUCCUGCAAUUUGGCGUGUUGUACACGGAAUGGCUGUCAUUUAUCUUGUUGCAUUAACAUUUCUGCUUUUUCAGGAGCGUGAUGAUGCAAGGCAGUUUAUGAAACUCCUACAUCCUGAUCUUGGUGUUGAACUUCCAGAAAGAUCAUAUGGUGCUGAUUGCCGAAUAUACGUGCCCGAACAUCCAAGGAGCAGGUUUAAGAAUGUUUAUGAGACUCUUUUUGAUGAGUUUGUUGUGGCACAUAUUCUUGGAUGGUGGGGAAAAGCUAUAAUGAUCCGUAAUCAGCCACUUUUGUGGGUACUUUCUAUUGGUUUUGAGUUGAUGGAGCUUACAUUCCGUCACAUGUUGCCAAAUUUCAAUGAAUGCUGGUGGGAUAGCAUAAUUCUUGAUAUAUUAAUCUGCAAUUGGUUUGGUAUUUGGGCUGGAAUGCGUACUGUUCGGUAUUUUGAUGGUAGAACUUAUGAGUGGGUUGGUAUAAGCCGGCAGCCUAACAUCAUGAGUAAAGUGAAAAGAACACUUGGUCAAUUUACACCUGCAAGGUGGGAUAAAGAUGAGUGGCACCCUUUUCUCGGUCCAUUCCGAUUUAUUCAAGUUCUCAGCCUUUGCGUUGUUUUCUUGACUGUGGAACUAAAUACGUUCUUUCUGAAGUUUUGCCUUUGGAUUCCUCCUCGGAAUCCCCUCAUAAUAUAUAGGUUGGUUUUGUGGUGGCUUAUCGCAAUUCCAACAAUUCGCGAGUACAAUUCUUACUUACAAGACAGAAAAAUUGUAAAAAAGGUGGGAGCAUUUUGUUGGCUUUCGCUUGCUAUCUGCAUUGUGGAACUUCUCAUUUGUAUCAAGUUUGGACAUGGACUAUUCCCCAAUGCCAUGCCUAGGUGGUUGGUUAUAUUUUGGACAUCAGUUGGGAUUGGAUUUGUGAUUUUCUUGGGUGCAUGGUCAUGGCAACUGCACAGAUCAAUGAAGAAAAAGAGGCAAUAGGUUCAUUUUUUGUAGUUCCCACACUUGAAAUUCUUGUUUUUUUUCUUUUGCGUAAUUAACUUGUUGUAAAUGCCCACCACAUUUGUAAUUGUAAAUGUUCUCUCUUUUAGGUUGUGUCAAAUUUAUUGAUCUAGAGAAGCUCAAUUCUUUUA